AUGAAGGCACUUGAGAAUGCACAUAAGGCAGAGUUGAAGGAACUUAUUAAUAAAUGGGAAAAUGUGAUAAUGCCUAACUUUGAAAAUGAAGCAGCAUUAUUAGAAAUAGAGUUGAAAAAACGACAUCAAAAUGAGUUAGAAACUUUUAAACAACAGAUAGAAGUGGAUCAAAGUAAGGGAACGCAGGGCUCUUUCUCAGGGUCGUUUCUUGUUCAUUACAGCGGGGAAAUUCUAAACCUGAAAAAGAAAAGUGAGCUAUUAGGUUAGCAGGGCUUUUAUCAGGAGGCAAAGAAGGUAAAGAAAAAGAUGAAAGAGCUUAAAGCCAUUGAAAGAGAAAAGCAUGAACUUUAAAGCAAAGGAAAAAUACUUAACAAAUCUUAAUUGAUUGUUAUCAAACACUAAAAAGAGCUUCAGUCAAUGAAGAAAAAGCAUAGUUCUCAGAGAGAGUAGCUUAUGAUACAGAAGCAGAAAGAAUUUGAAAUAAUAGAGAAGAGAUUCGUAAAUGUAUGGAACGAUAUGGAAACCAAAUUCAGAAGAGAAAUGAAAAAGCUUGAUCAGCAAAGUCCAGUUAAGAAGAUGAAUUUGAGGGAGCAAGUUUUAUCAUCUUAGAGAGGGAGAUCAUUUUUAUGA